ACCGAAACGGCGGGCGCGGAAGGUUCCCGGCGCGGGCCGCGCUCGCCAUGGCCGCCGCCGGCCCCGGGACGCGGCUCCUGGAAGAUGACUUCCAGUUCAUCUUUUGUGAAGGCUGCCAGCAGGAAUCACCCAGCCUCAAGCUCCUCACCUGCCUCCACACCUUGUGCCUGGAUUGCCUGAGCGAGAACAAGCCUGUGGGGCAGUGUCCUGUAUGCAGGACGGCCAUCCCACAGGCCAGCGGCAUCCCUGACACAGACAACCUGCUCUUCACCAACCUCCAGGCCAGGCUGAAGGUCUACAGGCAGAUCGUUGAUGGGACUGACUUGUUGUGUGACAACUGCAAGAAAGCUGGCGAGUUCUGGUGCGAGGAGUGCAAGGAGUUCCUCUGCACCAACUGCUUUGAGGCACAUCAACGCUACCUGAAGAGGGAGUGCCAUGAAGCCAAGAGGGUGGCAGACAUCAGGGCAGGGUCUGCUAAGGACUUCCUUGGUGGCACCAGGAGGUCCGGUAACUUGUCCUGCUCCAACCCAGCACACAAGAACCAGACUGUAAGCAUCUACUGCAGGCAGUGCGCGAAGGUGCUGUGCUGCUCGUGCGCGCUGCUGGACAGCCAGCACAGCUUCUGCGACAUCGGCAGCGAGACGCGGCGCAGGCAGGAGGAGCUGGGCGCCAUGGCCCAGGAGCUGCGGCGCCAGCGGGGCGGCGUGGAGGCCAGCUAUGCCGCACUGCAGGCCGAGGCCGCCCGGCUGGAGCGGGAGCAGCGGGAGAUGCGGGAGCUGAUCCGGCAGAGCGUGGAGCAGCUGGUGCGGCAGCUGCGGCGGGAGGAAGAGGAGCUGCUGGAGCUGGUGGAGGCGCGGCAGGAGCGGCGGGAGCAGGCGCGGGAGCUGCAGCACGUGGAGGGGCUGCUGCGGCGGAUGGAGGCGGGCGAGCGGCUGGUGGAGAAGAUGAGGCUCUACGCCACGGAGCAGGAGGUGAUGGACAUGCAGCCCUUCAUCAAGGCCUCGCUGGAGGAGCUGCGGCGGCUGCAGCCGGAGGCGGCGUGGGCGCGAGUGCAGCCCAGGGACCUCGAUGAGUGCAGAGCCAGGCUGCAGGGGCUGGUGGAGCGUGUCAUGGGGCACCCAGCCCUCCUCCCUGCAACAGGUACCUCUGCUCCCCAGCACAACUCCCUGCCUGAAGACGAGUCCACUCUGAUCCUCAACCUCAGGACUUCCAGGGAGCUUUGCCAGGCACAUGGAGGUCUCCCCACUGGGCUGCCUGCCCUCCAGCAACCCAGUGCCCCUCUGUUGGACUCCUCCAGCAGCACAGGACACUUGUGUCCAGACCAGGGAGGAGAUAUAUCCUCCACUCAACCCACACUUCCAGCCCUUCCAAUGCAGAGGGAUGAAGAAGCAGAGGAUGACUCAGGGUCAGCCCAUGGGGACACUGUGCCUCUUCCCAGGAGCAUCCAGGACUCCCUGGCCUCCCUGCAGGAAGAUUUCAGUGGCUGGGCGAGGUCCAACAUGCAGCAGGCAGACAAGCUCCUGAAGAUUGGUGAUUACCUCCUGCAAGCUCAGCACAGGGCAAACAAGCACCUGAUGUCUGUGACCCAAGAGAUCCGGGCCAUGUCCCACACCCUGGCCAAGAUCACCUCAGCUGUGGGCCCCUUGCUGCAGCCUGUGGGCAGCCCACAUGACCCCCCCACCGCAGACAUGGACUGGUCAUCACUGUCCUCCGAUUUGCUAGAGUUAUUCCCUUCCAGUACCCCGCAGAACCAUGAACCGCUGGUCCCAGUGGCUGCCACGGUCACUGCCCUCAGCAGACCCCCCUCUACCAGCCCCUCUGCCAGCCCAGCAUGCUCUGUGCCACUCAGCCCAACCUCUGAGUGGGAAUGCUCCAAGUCAAAGCAGCCCAUCAGGGGCAAGUGCAGUAAGAAGUUGAGCACCAGGUUUCAGAAGCAGAGGAAGAAAUUGAAGAUGAUGAAGGUUGAAGAUAAGGACAACGGGUGGAACCGGCUGGUGCCGCAGAAGUCGAGCUGCUCAGACUAGUCUGGGACUGGCAGGUUGGUGUCCCCUGUGACUCUCGCCAAGGACAGCCUGCUGGCAGACGUGCCAGAUGGCAACAGUGGACUGCAUGGCUCAGAUAGUGGUAUUCUCUGCCUGGAUGGCCUUGAGGACAGCACUGAUGAUGAAUUCAUGGACUCCAGUCUGCUAGAUGACCUCAGCAACACCCUCGACGAGAGCACCAGUGAAGACAACCUGGCUCUCCCCAUCAGCAGCCAAAACACACAGGACACAAGACAAGGAUACCUGGUCUUCUUUGACUUGAAGAUUUUGAGAAAGAUCCUAGGUGAGGAGGUCCCACGUUGCAGCCAGCUCAGAGACCCACAUCUGUCAGAGUCUGGGGUUUUUUUUGCAGGAGGAAUUCAGGCAUGUCCACCAUGGCCAUGGCUGUGUAAGGGAGGGGACAAUAUCCCGAGCUCCCAAGAGGCCUUGCCUUUGAGUUUCAGGACAUAUGGAAGGAAUGUAAAGCCCAUAGGACGUUGGAGAUGCUGGAAGCUGAGCAAUGAAAAUGAAAGCAUUCAGAUGACGGUGGUAGAUGGAUAUAAAAUAUUCCCAGUCCUGAUUCAGCCCGUGAGAUAUUUGUCCAGCUUGAUGGCCAAAAAUGGUGUCUGCGAGAUUGGUCUGAGGAAUUUUCUGUGCCACCUCAACACUGUCCACAAACCCAUCCUAUGUGGCUUUGGUCUCUGGUCGUUCCCCUUUCCUACCCUAUUGAAAGCUUUGACAGUCAUGAACAAGAAAGAGGAGUUCAGCUCUGUUGUGCAUGGUUUCCUGGACAUUUUUCCCCUGGUUAAGGAGGAGAUCUCUAAGAAGGAUAACUACAAGCUGAAGAACUUGGCCAGCACUUACCUCUGGUGGCACUUUGUUGACUGCAGUGCCAUAGAGAAUGCAAACAUCGUGAAGCACUUGUGCGAGUUCCUGGAUGAACUGGUGAAGAAACCCAGGAUGAUCCUCAGUCAAGCCAGCCUGGAGUCCUUCAUCUCCCUCCAGCACUUGCUGGACAAGAAGCUCCUCACAAAGCGAUCGGUCCAAAUAUUGGCCACGCACAACAUCGGCCUCUCUGAGCUCUGGUCCUACUACCAGCAAAACCCCGAGAUGGGGCUCCAGACAGUGUGUCACCUCAACAACACCCUCCGGAACAGCUCCGAAAAGGAAGUCUAAAACCUGAGCAAGGUCAAGGUCUACUUCCAGCACCAGGAGCAGUCAGUUGAAAGCCAGAAGACCCUGGCAGGCAACAAUCUCCCAAGAGCUGUAAAGAGCGAGGAAAAGUGUUGAAAUAUGCUGUUGCCUCUCCAGAACAUGUUCCCCUCUCUCUCAAGGGGAAUGAGUCCUGCUGCCAAAUCCUGGCUCACAUCAGUAGUCUUGCCUUCAGUAUUUCCCACCUACUCCUUUCUGGGGUGACACAUCAGGGUCUCUGGGAUGUGACAGUCUCUUGCUGUCCUCUCUCGUCUGAGCUAAGGUGAAGAGGUAAGGACACCUACUUGGCUGGGAGAUGUCCUGGCUCUGAUCAGACACCCUGCAGCCACGCUGUGCCUUUGAUUCCUCCCUGCAUCAAUCAAGCCAACCCGUGGGAGAAAUCAUUUGAACUAUCUCUGGUCUGAGUUUUUUGGAGGUCAAUGGGAUCUAAAGUCAGAUGGAGAAGCAGUAGGUGAGGAGACUGGUUUGGAUGGUGGUCAUUGCUGGAAAGGAGGUUGGGCAGAGCUGCUCUGUUCCCAUGAGCUGUGGGAAAAACUGAAAAUCCUCCUUCAGUCUGCAGGAUCUGACCCCUCUAGCCUGGGGUGUGAACCUCUUAAGUGGGCAUAUGGAGUUAUGGUUUUCCUACAUCUCCCCCACUGUUUUCCAAGCUCUAAGACAAACAGGGAAUUAUUUAAUCAGGGGAUGCACCUCAUUGCUUUUGGCUCCUGUGGCUACCUACAUAUAGAAUCAUAGAAUCAUAGAAUACUAGGGGUUUCAUGGAAUAGGGGUAUCAUAGAAUCAACCACAGCAUGGUUCAGGUUAGAAGGGACCUCAAAGAUGUUCCAACUCCCUUGCCAUAGGCAGGGACAUCUUCCACUAGACGAGGUUGCUUAAAGCCUCUUUCAGCCUGCCCUAGAACACUUCCAGGGAUGGGUCAUCCACAGCCUCUCUGGGCAACCUGUGGCAGUGCCUCACCACCCUCACAGGGAAGGAUUUCUUCCUAAGAUCUAAUCUAAAUCUACCCUCUUUCAGUUUAAAGUCAUUACCCCAUGUCCUGUCAUCACAUGCCCUUAUAAAAAGCCUCUUUCUGGCUUUCUUAUCAGCCCUUUUAGGUACUACAAGGCUCUCUAAAGUCUCCCUGGAGCUUUCUCUUUUCCAGGAUCAACAACCCCAACUCCACAGAGCGGCAGA